ACAACAAGAGGAGCAGGUACUUCUCUAAGCAGGACACCAGACCAGAGGGGCACAGACCCCUUUUCGCCACAUCCACCAUGUCAGACCAGAGUGUUUUCCAUUCAGCCGACAACUUCAGCUCUCUAGACAAUGAACAGAGCAGGGGUCAAGACACUCUUUUCUCAUCUGCAGAGGAGGACAGCAGUCUGUAUUUUACUUACAGCGGAAGUCGCAAUGAAAUAGAAGUUCGCAAUCUGAACUAUGAGGUGGACACAGCAGCACAGAUACCCUGGUAUGAGAGGCUGUCAGAGUUUAAGAUGCCCUGGGAGAUGCACAGCAACAAGCAAACGGUUAUAAAGGAUCUAAACCUGUGUGUGCACAGUGGUCAGAUGCUUGCUGUCAUUGGCAGCUCGGGCUGUGGAAAGACCUCCUUACUGGACAUCAUAACAUGUCGAGAUGAGGGUGGCUCAGUUAUUUCAGGAGAGAUUCUGAUUAACGGGAAACCUUCCACACGUUCCCUGGUGAAGAAAAGCAUUGCUCAUGUGCGGCAGGAUGACCGCUUGUUACCGCAUCUCACAGUACGAGAGACUUUGGCUUUUGUGGCAAAACUGCGGCUGCCUGCGCACUUCACACAGGAACAGAGAGAUCAACGGGUGGAUGAAGUCAUCGCGGAGCUGCGUCUGAGGCAGUGUGCCCACACGCGCGUGGGGAAUGAGUAUGUGCGGGGAGUGUCAGGUGGCGAGAGGAGGAGGGUCAGCAUCGCUGUACAGCUACUCUGGAAUCCAGGUAUUCUUAUCCUAGAUGAGCCUACUUCUGGUCUGGACAGCUUCACAGCCCAUAAUUUGGUUAUUACAUUGUACCGUCUGGCUCGAGGGAACCGCCUGGUGUUGCUGUCAGUCCAUCAGCCUCGCUCGGAUAUCUUUCAGCUCUUCGACCUGGUGGUGCUCCUGUCUUCUGGUUCAGCCGUGUACUGUGGUCAGGCCAAGGACAUGGUAUCUUACUUCACUGCUCUUGGGUACCCGUGUCCACGGUACUGCAACCCCUCUGACUACUACGUGGACUUGAUAAGCAUUGAUAGGCGCAGUCCUGAAAAAGAAGCACAAUGUUUGGAGAAAGCCAGGACAUUAGCAGCCCAGUUUGUAGAGAAGGUAAAGAACACAGAGGAUUUCAUGUGGAAAUCAGAAGAUUGUGGUCCUCCAGCACUGGACGCCCCUCAAAGCAGUGUUCCUCCUGUCUCAAAGAAGGAAUCAGUGAUCACAGUUUCCAAACAGAAGGAUCGCCUGCCGGGAAAACUGCAACAGUUCACAAUCCUAAUCAGGCGGCAGAUAUUUAACGACUACCGAAACCUGGUGACGCUGGUGGUUCAUGGUUUGGAAGCCUUACUGAUGUCACUGCUCAUCGGUUUCCUUUACUUCGGAGCUGGGGAUGAGCGUCUUUCUAUCCAAGAUACAGUGGCUUUGCUCUACAUGAUAGGAGCUCUGACACCCUUUGCUGUGGUGCUGGACGUCAUCGCAAAGUGUCAUUCAGAAAGAGCCAUGCUUUAUCAUGAACUGGAAGAUGGCAUGUACUCAGUCACCUCAUACUUUUUUGCCAAGGUCCUCGGUGAGCUGCCAGAGCACUGUGCCUUUACUCUGGUAUACGGUGUGCCCAUCUACUGGUUGGCUGGGCUCAACAGCGCUCCCGAUCGCUUCCUUCUCAACUUCCUGUUGGUGUGGCUGAUGGUGUAUUGCAGUCGCUGCAUGGCCCUAUUUGUGGCGGCAGCCCUGCCAACAUUGCAGACCUCAUCUUUCAUGGGCAACGCUCUCUUCACCGUCUUCUACUUGACUGCUGGCUUUGUCAUUAGUCUGGAAAACAUGUGGCUGGUGGCGUCUUGGUUUUCUUACAUAUCCUUCAUGCGUUGGGGUUUUGAGGGAAUGCUGCAGGUUCAGUUCCGUGGGACCAGACUCCCGAUCACUAUUGGAAACCUCACUGUAGAAUUUGAUGGUAUUAAAGUUGUGGAGAUGAUGAACAUGAACCAGUAUCCGCUGUAUUCCUGCUACCUGGUGCUUAUUGCUGUUGCUUUGGUUUUCAUACUGCUCUAUUAUCUGUCACUCAGAUUCAUUAAACAGAAAUCCAGUCAGGAUUGGUGAGGAGGACAGAUCAAAUCAGCAGCAUAAAAUCUGGUCCACAUUGCAGCUUGUUCCUGUCAAGAUGCCAAUCUUAUAACUACAGAUCUUAUAAAACAACUCUGUCACCAAAAUGAAUAUGUUAUGCCAAAUAUGUUGAAGAUUCGAAAAGUAUGGAAUCUCAUCAUUUUACUCUUUACAGACAGUUUAUUCAGUGUACUGAUGCAUUUCAUCUAUUGAGUUCAUUCACAACAGAAUAACCUCUGGUUUUCAUUUGUUUUGUUUUGAGUGGAGUUUGAGGGCUUCUGCCUCACAGUGGGUGAUUGAGGCUGAAACUACGUCAACUAAUGUUGAGUUUCGUUGUACUACCAUUAACUGCCGCUGGAUGGCAGUAACAUACUAUGUUUUUUUUCACUCUUUAAAGUUUACUUAAUUAUUAACUUUUUAGGUAAACCACUUGACAUCACGUUUGGUAGAUACCUUUCAACAAAUUUACUGUAACGUCACAAUUUAGAUUUCAUUUAUGUAUUACCUUUUUUUGUAAAGCAUAAUCUUUUAUAUGUAUAAUGUUAUUGUUGAACAGUGUACUACAGGAGCUUUGAAAGCUUUGUUAAAUGUUUAGAAAACAAAACGCUUGUUUUAAAAUGAUUUUAAUAUAGACACUGCACUGGUGCAAUAUACAGAUCUACAUGCUAAGAUUUAGGCCUAAGAAUUUGCUACUCAGAAUGAAUUUGUUUUUGAUUCCACAAGCCUGCUGUUAUAUUUUUUAAUACAGCAUGAUGUUGAACACAUUUGAAUGUUUGAGAGAUAAAAAUAACUACAACUGCAAGAGAAAUAAAAAAGAAAAACUA